UAACAGAAAUGCAGGAGAAUUAAUCAUAUAGAAUUGAAAAUGAUUUCUCCACAUCAUAAACUUCCUCAGUGGAUGUCUGCAGAGAGUAAAGACAAUGCUGUGGGUGACAAAAAGAAAUCUCAUGUUCAGAGGAGUGUUCUGGAAAAUGACCUGCCUUUCUUAGAGUUCCAUGGCUCUGUUGUUUAUAGCUAUGAUGCCAGUGACUGUUCCUUUCUGUCAGAAGAUAUCAGAAGAAACCUAUCUGGUGGAGAUGUGAUAGGAUUUGACAUUGAAUGGCCACCCUCAUAUACUAAAGGGAAAGUAGGGAAAGUCGCCCUAAUCCAAAUAUGUGUCUCGGAGAAAAAAUGCUACUUGUUUCACAUUUCUUCAAUGUCAGGUUUUCCCAAGGGACUCAAAAGAUUGCUUGAAGAUGAAGCCGUUAAAAAGGUUGGAGUAGGAAUUGAAGGAGAUCAGUGGAAGCUGAUGAACGACUUCGAAAUCAAACUGAAGAGCUUUGUAGAGCUGGCUGAUGUCGCCAAUGAAAAACUGAAGUGUAAGGAGAUAUGGAGUCUAAAUGGCUUGGUAAAACAUCUGUUCAGCAAGCAGCUUCUGAAGGACAAGUCUGUCCGCUGUAGUAACUGGGAAGCAUUUCCACUCAGCGAGGAGCAGAAGUUGUAUGCAGCCACUGACGCUUAUGCAGGCCUCCUCAUUUACCAAAAACUGGAAAAUAUGAAUAACUGUGAUCAGAGGCUCUAUAGUAUAAAAAAUGAUGGGGAGAUGUUGCCAAAUGAAGUCAAGAAGCAACUGUCCUCAUUAGCUGAAGAAAUGGUGGAGCUGGCUAAUGGUCUUCCCAGCACUUUUGGACAACUUAAAAAUAUGCAGAGAGCUGUAGAAAUAUUAACUGGUGUAUCAGAAAAUAUAUGUGCCUUAAGAAACAUGUUGCUUGGUGAACCCAACUCUCAAGCAGAGCUGGGGAGCAGCUGUGUUGCAGCUCCAAUGAAAUCUGAAGUUGUGCCUACCAUUGUUGAAGAAGAAAAGACCGAAACACUUGAAUUUCCUACAAGACUUGAAGAUGAUUUAAAUGAUGACCUAGAUGAUGAUACGUUACUGAGUGUCAGUGAGGGAGACGUGACUGGUGGGGAAAUGGAACUUAGUAAGCCUGAGCAGAAAGAUGGAACUGCAGACAGAGGAUCUAAGGAGAAUACAGACAGAGACUGCUUAAUGUCACUGGACAUUACUGAAUAUGAACUUCAAAUGUUGGAACUUAAGGCCAACGAAGAAAUUCUAAACGCUGCCUUGCCUGAGGAACCAUAUUCCAGAGAGAAUGAACAAAAUCUUGGUUGUGUCAUUGAAAGUGAUGAAGAACUGGAAAUGGAGAUGCUUAAAUCUAUAGAAGAUGUAGAUAAUUCUAAAGUCAGUCGAACUGACUCUACCUCCAUUGAAACCAAGAGACUUGAUGGCACAAAAUUACACCUUUCUCCAGAUGAUGAUGAAGAUGAAGGCAUUGAGGAGGAGGAAGAGGAGAGUUGGGAUCCUUUGUUGCCUGUACCUAGUGAAAUAGAAGUUACGUGCUUAAAGACAUAUUUUGGACAUUCUAGUUUUAAACCGGUCCAGUGGAAAGUGAUCUCUUCUGUUUUACAAGACAGAAGAGAUAAUCUCGUUGUCAUGGCAACUGGAUAUGGGAAGAGCUUGUGCUUCCAGUUUCCACCCAUUUACACGGGCGGUACAGGAAUAGUCAUCUCUCCUCUUAUUUCUUUGAUGGAGGACCAAGUGCUGCAGCUUGAAAUGUCGGGCAUUGCAGCUUGCUUGCUUGGAUCAGCUCAGUCAAGAAAUGUGAUAGGGGACGUCAGAGCGGGCCACUAUAGAGUUGUGUAUAUAACUCCAGAGUUCUGCUCGGGGAACUUACCGCUACUUCAAGAACUUGACCAAACCAUUGGUAUCACGCUGAUAGCGGUCGAUGAGGCUCAUUGUAUUUCAGAGUGGGGGCAUGACUUCAGAAAUUCAUUUAGGACUUUGGGUUCGUUAAAGAAAGUGCUCCCUUCGGUUCCUAUUGUUGCUUUAACUGCAACAGCGAGCCCUUCCGUUAGAGAAGACAUAGUGCACUGUCUAACCCUAAAGAAUCCUCAGGUCACAUGUACUAGUUUUGACCGACCUAACCUAUACUUAGAAGUUGGACGAAAAACUGGACGUAUCUUUCAGGAUUUAAAACAGUUCCUUAUUAAAAAGGAAAGCUCUACAUAUGAGUUUGAAGGACCCACUAUCGUUUAUUGCCCUUCAAGGAAGAUCACUGAACAAGUAGCUGCUGAGCUGAUGAAAUUAAACUUGUCCUGUGGCACAUACCAUGCUGGCAUGGGAAUCAAAGCAAGGAAAGACGUUCAUCACAGGUUCAUGAGAGAUGAAAUUCAGUGCAUUGUGGCUACGGUGGCCUUUGGAAUGGGUAUCAAUAAAGCAGACAUCCGGAGAGUUAUUCAUUAUGGUGCCCCUAAGGAAAUGGAAUCCUACUACCAAGAAAUUGGAAGGGCUGGCCGUGAUGGGCUUCCUGCUUCUUGUUACGUAUUUUGGACUGCAGCCGAUAUGACUUUUAACAGAUAUCUUUUAAAUGAGAUACGUAAUGAAGGAUUCCGACUAUACAAAUUAAAGAUGGCGGCAAAGAUAGAGAAGUACCUUAACUCAAACAGCUGCAGGAGAAAAAUCAUCUUGUCUCAUUUUGAAGACAAACAACUCCGGAAGGCCUCCUCUGGCAUCAUGGGAACAGAAAAAUGCUGUGAUAAUUGCCGGUUCAGAACCCAUUGCUGCACUAUUAACAGUGACACAGAAGAGAGUUUGCAGGACUUCGGUCAGCAAGCGUACCAGCUGAUGUCUGCAGUGAAGGCCUUAGACGAGAAGUUUGGAACUAGAGUUCCGGUUAUGUUUCUCCGAGGAUCUAAUUCCCAGCGUCUCCCAGACAAGUACCGAACUCACGCUCUCUUUGGUAGUGGAAAGGACUGGCCAGAGAAUUGGUGGAAGGCUUUGGGCCGACAGCUCCUCAUUGAAGGUUUCCUUAAAGAAGUUUCUGGUAAAAGCAGAUUUGCAACUCUGUGUGAGCUGACUAAGAAGGGUAGAGACUGGCUCUGUAAAGCUAGGAGUGAGUUGUGUCGGACCCUUCUGCUACAGUCCAGUGAAGAACUAUAUCUAAGGAAACCUCACACCCAAAGCAAUAGACAGAUAACUUCAGUUGCAGGAUCACAUUCACCAGAUACAAGGUCAAUAAAGCUGACACCAGAGAAACAGACCUAUUUGCAGGAAAUGUUUUCUUAUCAAGGAACAAGUAAAAUUUCUACAAGAGGCAAUGUCUCAAAUGAAAGUGACCUGGUGCAGUCACCAAUCAAACUGAAGUCCCCAGAACCUGCUGUUUCAUCCAGAGAGAAGGAACUGCACACUGUUCUAUAUGGGAAGCUGCUGGCAGCCAGACAGAAGCUAGCCAGUGAGAAGGAUAUUCCUCCGGCUGUGUUGGCAACAAAUAAAAUACUGGUGGACAUGGCCAAGAUAAGGCCUACGACUGUUGAAAAUGUGAAGAGAAUUGAUGGCGUAUCUGAAGCAAAAUCUGCCAUGUUGGUUCCUCUCCUGGAUGAUAUCAAGGAGUUUUGCCAUGCAAAUAAUCUGGAGAUAGACACAUUCCCUACUUGUGGAUCUAGGGAAAAGCAGCCAGCAGUCCUCCAGAAGAGAGGUGGGUGCAGCCCCCUUCCACAGUCACAGCUCAUAACAUACAUGCUGUUCCAUGAGAAGAACCAGUCUUUGAAGAGUAUAAGUGAAAGCAGGUCUCUGCCUCUCUCUGUGGUUGGCUCUCAUUUAUCCGAAGCCAUGAAAGCUGGCUACCCAGUCGACUUAGAACGAGCGGGUCUGACUCCUGAAGUUCAGAAGGUUAUUACUGAUAUCAUCCAAAACCCUCCCAUCAACUCAGAUGUAACCAGAACGACAGCGAUUAGAGCACUGGUCCCUGCGAAUAUCGAGCUGUACCUGAUCCGAAUGGCAAUUGCACUGCUGCAGAAAGGGUGUGGGAAUGGGCAGCUGGGCCAGGCGUGUGACUCCGGCAAGAAAAGCCUCUCAGCUGAGUGUGAAGGGCUGCCGGGCAGCGUGGGGCCAGCCCAGAAGAGCAAGGAAGGAAUGUCAUGGACGGAAACAGAGGGGAUUUCAGUGAAGCCAACCACACACACAUACAAGUUUGUGUCCAGGGAAGGAGCAAAACAAGAUCAUCCACAUAUGGAUUCUUCACCUUGGCUUGUAAAGAGCAACAAGAUGGACGACAAACAACUCUCGAAUGCAGAACAGGAUGUACCAAGCCAUCAAACCUCCCUUCGUUUAGCCUCCUGGAAUCAGCCUCCCCUGGAUCCCGAUGAAGAGGAACUGUUCAGUGACUCCCAAUCAAAGACUCAGCCUGCAAAGAGGAAGUUACCAGAAUGGUUUGGAACUUCAAAGGGAACAGAUGCUUCCAUUACUACUGGCAAGAAAUCCAAAGUGGGAGCAAAAAAAGGUCUUUUUGGUUGAACUUGGAAAUAUCAACAACUUUCUCUUUUAAAGAAGCUCAGAGAGAGCAUCUCUAUUUUUAGUUUCCAGGACAACUAGCAUUCUGAAGGACCUGUUCAUUUGUUCACAGUUGAAACCGUUACUGAGCUUGGGCUGGAACAACUUGUCAGUGUGUGGGGAGCAGCCACAUCAAACAGCAAGAUCUUGAAUUCAAGUACAUAAAGAACUGACCCAAGGGUUAAAUGAGGUCAUAUUAAUAUUGUUUAUAGAGGCUGUUUGCUACUUUCAGUAUUAGGAUCAAACUUUCCAAGAUUUUUACUGUCAGUUUAUUAUAUAUUAGUACAGCGGUUCUCAAACUUCAGCAAUCCGAGGAGCCCCAUUUUAAUUUAAAAUUCUGGGGACCUCCCAAGCCUCUCCACUCAGCCCCAGAACCUGUCUUGACUCCACUCCUUCCCCCAAGGCCUCACCCUUGCCCCACCUUUUUCUGCCUCCCGCUCACUCCACCCCACCUCCCUCUGUCGCUCGCUCUCCCCCACCCUCACUCACUUUCA